AUGGAACGUGGUUCUACAAUUUCCUUGUAUAAUAAAAUUGAUGCAGAGACACAUGGUCCUAUUACUAUUCGGGCUAUAGCUGACUCAAAAAAACGCAGUGCGGAAGAAGCAGAAGAUAAACCCUCUAAGCAGUUGCGUAUUGAUGGAAUUGUUGAUCCUACGGCGACAGGUGCAGUAUCACCAGUAGUAACUCCUGCUGCAUCAUAUGCGGCACAACCACCUUACUACCCACAAGGUCAAUGGAGUGCGCAAGGAUAUGCAGGUUACCCUGCCGUAAGCGCCGCGUCCUCCGCUAAUGCUCAGCAGGCAAGUUACCAAUAUCCAUAUCAAUAUUCCCAAUCGACCGCUAGUACUACCGCUACGUUAGAAUAUUAA